UCCACCACAACAUAUGAAGAAAAGUAGUUUGUCCUCGUUCCUAGAAUUUUCACAACGUAAUUAUUUAAAAGAAAAAGACGAUUCCAGUUUAAACUAGGACUGUAGUAAAAACGAACUUUAAAAAAGGCUCGAUAAAAAAAUAUCGUUGAAGGUUUGUAAAAAUGCGUUUUGUUCAGUUCAGAUUACUCAAGGACAUGAUCAAAGCCACACGAAUUGGACUUCAAAAAAAGAGUGGAGGUAUUGUUGACCUUAGUGAUGUGUUACCAAAUUGUCACUCAAUAGUUGAAGCCCUGGGGAAACUAGGAGGAAAUGGUCUUAUUAAAAUAGCUCAAACCAAUUUGGCAAAUAAAGAAACAAGUUGCAGCAAAGUUCAACUACUAGCUCCCAUAACAUCCCCAGACAAAAUUUUUUGUAUUGGAUUAAACUACAGAGACACUUGUAAAGAACUGGGAUUUGCACCACCAGAUGAGCCUCUUGUUUUCUCAAAGUUUUCUAAUUCAAUUACUGGACCUUUUGACAAAAUAAAGAAUCCUGACAUUUCAAAGGAGGUAUUUUGGGAAGCCGAACUGGCCGUUGUUUUGGGGAAAAAAGGAAAGAAUAUUGAAGCUAGCGAAGCAAAAGAUUACGUUUUCGGCUACACAGUUGCGAACGACUUGACUGCACUCGACUGGCACAAGAAAAACGGUGGUCAGUGGCUACUCGGGAAAACAAUGGAUGGCUUCUGUCCCAUAGGGCCAAACAUCCUUACAGCUGACAAAAUUCCCGACCCACAUAACUUGAAAAUUUCAUGUAGCGUCAAUGGCCAAAUCAAACAAACAAGCAACACCAAUCAGCUCAUUCACGGAGUCUUUGACUGCAUUUCCUUUUUGUCAAAGUUUUGCACACUGCUUCCUGGUGAUAUAAUUUUAACUGGAACACCCCCAGGAUCUGGUGGAUUUGCCAAACCUCCUCAAUUCUUACAGGAAGGAGACGUCGUGGAAUGCGAAAUUGAACAAUUAGGAAAGAUCCGAAACCAGAUUGAAUAGUUGUCAUCCCGCAUUGAUUAGUAUCCAAUACAAAAAAGAACUUCAAA